AGGAAAACUUGCCAACAGCAACGAGAUACAUUCGGCGUUGCACCCUUCAGACUUUUCCGCCGAUCCUUUCUCUAGUACUCAACGCGAUCGCGAUUCCUCCGGACUAAAAAAUUACACAAGCUCCUUGCACUUGUAUGCUGCGUCCGGGGUCUGACGCGAUUGCGCUUCGCAAUGAACCCCUCGGACAGCGACCAGAAAGCCCAACGGGCUAUCCCACCCAAACGCUCCGGUAUCAGCAACACUCUGUCGAUGCCGUCGCAAUUACUCCACAAGUACGAUGACUUCAUCACGAAGAACGCGCACCAGGUGUCACAGAUCGAGUCCACGUUGCGGUCACUGACCUACAUCAUACCCGGCCGCUUCCGCGAUGCCGAAAUUGCAUCCGAGUCCAUCCACAGCGGGGUCCAGCUGCUCUCGCUAUACCACGACACGCUCCUGCGGCGGGCGCACGCGCUGUCGAAGCUCGCCCUGCCCCCGUCCUCGCUCGCCCAUCCGCCGUCUCCACACAGCCGAUACACGCGGUUCUGGACGCUCAAGAGCGCGCUGUACCGGCGCGUCGCCUACGUGCUGCAGAUCGUGCAGUACGUCGAGCUGCUGUGCGAGAUGGCGGCCAAGCGGCGGGGCGAGCGUACGCGCUGGCGCGUCGUCGUCCUCCUCGAGGCCGUCAAGGCCGUGUGCAGGCUGCUGCUGCUGAGGAUAACGCGGUCGCGGCCGCUUGUGACGCCGAUGCUGCCCGAGCGGGAUCCGGUGCCCGAGGAGCCGCAGGACGGAGAAGACGAGUUUGCUGUGGAAGAAGAUGACGAGGACCGGCGGCAGCCGAACGGCAACGGCAGCGCAAACCCAAACACAAAUGCAAACGGCUCCGCGAAUGCGCAUCACAGACCGCCACCCCAGCUCGGCCCCAACGGCGAGUGGACCAUGCCCCGCACCGGCAUGACCCUCCCUUCGCUCCCUGCGCCGGGCGACACGAGCGGGUACCUGCUCUCGCGGGUGCUGACGGCCGACGACAUCAAGCCGGCGGCGAAGCUGCUCAACCGGCUGCAGGGCCCGGCGCAGGCGGCCGAGAUCCUGCACAUCCUGGCGCCGCUGGUGUUUGCCGUGGCGCUGGCGCGCAGUAAGGACAAGCGCAAAUCGUGGACGCCGUGGCUGCUGGGUGUCGGGGUGGAGCUGGCGGCGCGGCAGUUGCGGGAUCGGGGCCUGCGGACGACGCCCCUCGAGCGCGAGGAAUGGAGUCGUCGUGGUUGGGCGAUGGGGUGGUGGGCGAUGCGCGGCGCCUUCUAUGAGAACGUCACUAAGGGGAUGGUGGAAGGGGUGCGGCGGCGGAUGCCCGGGUUGCUGGCGGGCAUUUUGGAGGAUUAUGAGUAUCUCUGGGAGAACUAUCACUUUAGCACGAGCGCCUGAGGAUGGGAAGGGGCUGGCCCCCCGUUUGGGUCUACGGCAAGGCCAUGCCACAGCUGAAUGCCGCUGACAGAGACGCAUGGCUGCGUCAUCGAUGAGCCGCAGGCGCACUUGUUCACUUCGAUGUAAGAUAUUCUUAUUAUAAUAUGCUAGACGAUGAUAUUAUCCACAACUGUGGAGAGCAGAUCAUAUCCUCAGAAAGGC